UUUUAAAUUUUAAGGGUUGUUCAUAUUUCUGUUUUGUUUCAAAUUUAACGUGCAUGUAAAGUUAUAUUCUUUAUCGAAAAAAUGAAUAUUCUCAGAGAUAUUUAUAGAAAAAGUUUACUUGAAAAUGAAAAGAACAUUCAGUUUUGGGAAGACUAUUUACAGAAUCUGAAUAACCUAGAUUUCACUGUAUAUUGUGAAAAAUUAAAAGUACCAAUUUUAGUUCCUAUAGGAAACAAGAUAUUAUUUCGAGGAGAUCUAAAACACACUAAUGAAGUAACUGUAGCACUCGGCGCUGACUACUUCACGAAAUGUUCCAUUAAACAGGCUGAGAUUUUGAGACAACAUAGAAUUAAAGAUGCAAAAUCUAAACUUGAAGAGUACUAUAAAGAAAAAGGAUACCUUGAAAAGCAAGUCUCAUUUGGUGAAGAAAAUCUUUAUGAGAAUGCUGGUCAAAAUUUAAUUGAGGUAUGCAGUGAGGAAGAGGACAUGGCGUGGAGGAAACAUCACAAAGAGAAAGUGAAACAAUACAAACAGAAUAACAGCAAAACACACGAAGAUUCAAAAAAUCAAAUGACUGAUGAGGAGCUGUGGUUGAGAUUAGAAGAACUUGAACUUCAGGAAGAACUAGAAAAUGAAUUAGAACAUACAACCAAACACGAUAGUAGUAUUGAUGAAAGUGAAGAAAACAGUUAUGAUUCUUUUAUUAUAAAAGAAGAUGACAUAAGUAAUAUUGAAACAGAGAAAAAAGAACAACAAGAAGCGCAUAUUACUCAUAAUAUUCCCAAACAGACGUCCAAAAUAGAUUUGUUAGAGCAAGUUAUAGAUAGACAAAAAAUGUUGGAAAUUAAAUUAACUGAAAUAAAAAAUAGGCAACGGGUUCCAAGUAAAACCGAAAAUGAUUUAUUAUCUAGAUUAGAUGAAAUAGAACAACUCGAUGAGCUGGAAGAUGAAAUGGAGAGGUUGGAUGAUAUUUUAGAAGAAAGCAGUGAUGAUGGUAGUGAACAUGGUGAGAAGUCAAACAGUAUUAAAAAAAGCAUUACAUUUGCUGAUGAAGAAGACAAUGACACAAUAGACAUCAAUUUUAAGCAUUCAGACUUUGAAUCAUCUAAAGACUCAUAUGAUCCAAAGAAAGGUAUCACAAAACCUAGCGAUAUAUAUGAUGCCUUCCCAAAUCUAUUUGCUAAUGCAACAAUAUCAAUUUUAAGGAAAUCCAAAUAUGGUAAUGUUAAUAUCCAAAAUGACAAUUUAAUUUAUGCCGAGAUGCAAAAUAAAACCCGAUCAAUUAAAAAAAUUGAAAAAAAGACAAUUUGUAUCAAUGAUGUUAUAGAAAAAACUGAUCAGAAACAAAAUAAGGUAGAUAGUGAAGAUAGACCAAAAAGUCUUUUCAAAAAAAGAAGGCAGCAACAAAAAUUAUAAUUUUUUUUUUAUUAAUGUAAUU